AAGAGCAAAAGCCCAGGCUCAGGGCUGGAGCCUGCGAACCGUGUCGACGAAGAUGACAGCUCGAGCCUUCUGGCUCCUCUGCUUGAUCGUUGGCUCAUCUCCCGAAGCCCCAGUGGCGGAGAGAAAAGCCUCGCCGCCCCACAACAGGAAGCCCGACCCCGGCGGCGGCGCGAGCGCCGAAGACACGCCCGGGCCCCGGGCGCAGCCGGUCCCCGAGGCCCCGCGGCGGGCGCGCGCGGCCGAAGCCGCUCCCGGACCCUGGUCGGAGUCUCGGCGCCGGAAGCCCCCGCCGCCCGCCGAGAACCGGGCCGGCUUCCGGGAGGCCGCGCGCGCGCCCGCCGGCCCGCCGAGCCCGAGCCUGGCACAGGCUGAGAACCGCGCGUCGCCGCGCCGCGCGCCCGCGCCGGAGGACUCCCCGCGGCGCGCGCGCGCCCGCGCCCUGCGCUUCCCGGCCGCGCGGCCUCCCGCGCGCGCCGCCGAGGCCCCCGCCAGCUCCGCCCACCCCAACCGGCCGCGCGCCGCCGCGCCGCCCCCGGAGCCCGCGCCCGCGCCGCCGCCGCCGCGCCUCGGGCCGCCGCAGAGGGACGCGGAGGCCGGCGCCGAGCCCUGCGCGCGCGCCUGCAGGGCCGACCUGGACGAGCGCGAGUCCUACUGUGCGAGCGAAUUCGGUGAGCCCCGCCCCGCAGCUCCGCCCGGGCCCGGCCACGCGGACCCCUGA